UUGACUACAAGCCACUGCAUCUCUCUCUCUCUCAUAUUUAAUUUCUUGGAUUCUUAAACUACAAAGAGCCUGGCAACAACUCUGAACCAACCCAGAUGCUAUUUUGCCCUUGUUUCUUCUCUCUUCCAUCUGUGCAAGCUUGUUUUUUUCCUCUGAGAGGGAGGUAGGUAUUGUGACUGUUUAGCUGAGAGCUCAAGUUUCUUGCUGAAGAGUAUUGAAGAGGAGGAGGAUGAUGAGUGCUUCCAAGUUCAUCAAGUGCGUCACUGUUGGAGAUGGGGCUGUGGGCAAGACCUGCAUGCUCAUCUGCUACACCAGCAACAAGUUCCCGACAGAUUAUAUACCAACUGUGUUUGACAAUUUCAGUGCCAAUGUGGCUGUGGAUGGAAACAUUGUUAACUUGGGACUGUGGGACACUGCAGGUCAGGAAGAUUACAGUAGAUUGAGGCCGUUGAGCUACAGAGGGGCAGACAUAUUUGUGUUGGCCUUUUCACUAAUCAGUAGAGCAAGCUACGAAAAUGUCCUAAAGAAGUGGAUGCCCGAGCUCCGUCGGUUUGCGCCUAAUGUUCCCGUCAUUCUCGUGGGAACAAAGUUAGAUCUUCGUGAGGACAGGGGGUAUUCAGCUGAUCCCAUGGGAUCUAACAUCAUAACAACUGCUCAGGGAGAGGAGCUCCGCAAGCAAAUUGGCGCUGCAGCUUAUAUCGAGUGCAGCUCAAAGACUCAGCAGAAUGUUAAAGCUGUCUUUGAUACAGCAAUCAAGGUGGUUCUCCAACCUCCGAGAAGGAAAGAAAUGCCGAGUACUAGAAGGCCACGGAGGUCUGGCUGUGCGAUUGCGAGCAUCAUGUGUGGAGGUUGCGUAGCUUAAGAUGUCUGGAGUCGAGACUGGCGACCGACCUCUCAGAUGGUUAAGCAAAUGCUUGCCGAAUCGCUCACCGGAAAACGGGUGGAAAAAAGAAGAUUGCCAUGACUGACCUGUGAUUAGUUGUGUAGGCUGUAGCUGCUGCAAUAUUAGAAGGGGUUGAGUUGUACUUUUAACUUUUAUUUUUAGUUUUCCCCUAUGAACUGAUGAGUGUUGUGGAGGGAAUUGUUCAUUCUCUCAUAUACUGCCUACUACUAUGUUUCUUCCUGUCCAUGGCAUUACCAUUGUGCACUGUUUCCUGUCCUGUAUCAGACAUGUUAUGAGAUGAUGGAUUGACUAUUUCUUA